AUGGUAUCCAGCUUGACACACAGUGUCUCCCUGCGUCACAUUGGCCACACCCACCCUUUGAAUCGCCUGCUGGAGCGCAUUGCCUACCUGGGCUGGGAGUGGGACACUGUCAGCAGCGGCAGCGUGCUGGCGAAAUUCAAUUUGCCAGAUUCUGCUUCUUUAAGGCUGAAGGAUUCCAUUAAUGUGGAAGUGGAUUCAGACAUAUUUGAUGAACUCUUAAAGUCACCAGGGGUGCUUUUCAAGGCAGAGGAAUGUACUGAUACCCAUACUGAGGUGACAUUCUUAGAGGGCUCAUCUUCAUCAGACUGGUCCCCAUCAACAUCAUGUGCAUCCCAAGAAUCAUCAGGUACUGACUCAACAGUGAUACUGGAAUCUACAAAGACUCGGAAAAGACAGCUGAUUGAAGGGCCCCUGGAUGGCAACGUUGCAAGAGAUAAUGUUAGAGCUGUUCUGUGUUCAAAGCCUGGUGGAAAAGAAAUACUAGAAGAGUACAAGAAAACAAGCACCAUCAGUGAUGUUACAAGAAGAAAGAUGGUCAACAUGCUUAUGGCAGAUAUGGUGGAGAACCAUGGGGUACCUCCGGUAAAUGUGCGGAACCUUUAUGCACUUGGGAUUACAACACUGUUCCCAAAAUUGAGUGACCCAGAUUCCAAGAAUGGCUAUGAACAUUUUUAUCUUCAUCAGAGUGGGUCCGGCUACCUAGCGUGGAGGCUGAAAACUGUUCAGCGGACCUCUGCUCAAGACCACAAGAAAUCCAAGACAACUUUCCAAGAGGGCCCCAAGACUCCACGCAGUAUCCAUUCAGAUGAGAAGCAGUUGACCGGGGAUGAAUGCAGGGAAGCCAUAUCAACGAUGAAACACUCAAGUGAUACAAUCCUUGUCAAAAAUAAGAUGAAGGCUACACUCCAGCACAGACAAAGAAUCAUUCAAAACCCUGAAAGUGCCUCUACUGUCCUGGAUCUCUUUCCCAGAUUCUUAGAUACACCUGGCUUGAUUGACCAAGACUUCUCAAUGAUCUUUGGUGAGGAGGUGUCUGGUAAAUUCCUCUCCAAGUGGCCAACCUUUUUCAAACCGAGAGUCAUCGCAGAUUGCUGCAAGAACCUAACUCCGAGUCCGCUUGUUGAUGAGCUGCUUCUGUCUGCACAACAAGAGUCUGAUGAUUGUGUCUGGCAUUCUGAGGAGUGGGAUUCUGAGAUGGCUGCCCUCCUUCUUCUGCUUCACCUCCUGCCUCCAACAGUUAAAGGCAAGAAGAGUGGCAAGAUGAGUGCGUCGGAGGCUACUCGACGCCUGAUGAAGUUCAUGAAGGUGGGAUCAAGCAUGGAGACCUUCCUUGAAAAAACUGGCCCCAGACAGCCCUUUCUGCUCGGUGUCGGAGAAAGAAGCAACUGCAUCCAGGACUUCUACAUCAUCGUGGACCAGAAGGCCAUUCCCUGCAGGAUGCAGACCCCAGUUGCUGCCUUUGAUGAGCUCUUCAAGGCACAUUAUGCUUUUGCUGUGUCGUAUGAUGAUGCCCUGUCCAACUUCUUCAUCUUCAUCCAAACCACUGUGUAUGGCAUUGACGUCGGCAAAGUGAAAGAAAGUCCAAGAGUAAAAGAAAUUCGAGCAAGGCUUCUUCACUCUGAGGUUUGAAGACGGGUACAGUUUGACCAGAAAUGUAACGUACUUUUGUAAACUACACCACACCAGUUGAUCAAUGUCAUUUAGACAUUGGAAGUUUGAGCAUGGAUCGUAGUCUGUGCGAUUGAACUAUGGAGAACCUGGUUGUUUUAACCAACCAACGUCACCUUUCUCGAGUGCAUAAAGACUGUUUUAAUCCAGAUCCUGACAGCAGUUAUUCGGGACAUGUGUAUCUCUGUUACUGCCCAGGUUCAAUCCUCAGUUGUUCCAGAGAGCACUGUGCAGUGUCUAGUUGAUUCAAUGGAGGAACUGGUUAAUGAUGUUCAUGCUCACACAAAGAUAGCUGUUGUUAAAGGAUAAAUUCUGCCAAUUUCGACAUGCAGUUAUAAUGCUCACACUACCCUGGACUUGUCAGUACCUGAGAUUUUUUUUCUUUUCUUCAGCCUUUUUGAUCGUGGUCAUUGUAAUGGGGGCAGAGUUUGUUUACAUUUAAAAAAAAAAUAAAAAAAAAAAAACAUUUUGAUUUCUUCCCAGUAACAUCCGUAAGGUUAUGCAACAUCAGCAGACAACUAGGAAACAGCAAUACCUGUUGGGGCAAUAUUUGGAGUAGGCCUAUGCUAGAAGGUUUUUAAUGUAAACAAACUCUGCCCCCAUUAGAAUAGCUCAGAUCUUGGAAAGGGUUUAGCCAAAAAAUGUAGCAUCACCGGGUACUCACAAGUCAAGGGUAGCGUGAGCAAUGCAAUAGAAUAUUGACAUUGGCAGAAGUUCCCCUUUAAUUGUUUGUCUUCUGAUGCAUCAAGAGAAACUUUGGAGAGAGUUGUUUUGAUCAACUAGAAAACCCAUUUUCCUAUCUGAACACAGAAUCUAAAAGGAUGAGGCAUUUGUUCUGGGUGUCUGUUUUGAUGUAAAAAGAGAUACAAUAACUUGUAUGUGCAUAACGCUGGGUCUCUCUCAUCAAUGUUUAGUCGCAAUGAACUGUAACAGUUUCAAAGAAGUAAAACCACACCAGGAGAGAAUAUGCAGAGCUAUAAGUGAUUGGUCCUACUCUAAAAAUCAUGGUUUAUUUUCUCACCAUGAACAUGCUCUUCAGAUCAAACAGAAUAAGGUGCUGAAUGAAGCGUUUGAUGAAUCAUUAGUUUCCACCACUUCCUGGGUCAAAAACUAUGUCACAGAGUAUGAAGUUGGAAUGUGUGAUUACUGUAGUUGAAAAGGAGAUGCCUUUGUUGACACAAUGUCAUUGUUAAAUACAAAAAAUGCCAAUCUUUUGAUCUCACCAUUUUUUUUAUAUUGCAUUUGGCAUUGAGGAGGGAAAAAAUAGGUUUUCACAGUGAAAAUGAAUUGGUAUAUUACAGACCUUGCGAUAGGCAAUUGACAUAGACGAUCAAGUGUACCUUGUUCCAUAUUGUAAUUAUGUGUGAAUCCAUGCAAACAGUUCAUUGUCUAUGUGAUGUGGCCAUUUAACAAGAUACAUUUUCUGAAGAA